UUCUGUUCCUCAUCACGAGAUUCCUGCAUUUUCAAUCUACAGAGUUGCGUUGUCAAGAUCUGUUGAAAUUUUGGCAUUUCUUCGCAUUAUUUUUCAGCGAAGCUGCUCUAUAAAACUCUUACAAACAUAACUACAUUUAAUUUUAACCUCCAAGCUUCCAAAGGUAAGAAAAUCAUGGCUAAAAACGGAUGUUUUAUUGGUUUAUUUUAGACCGAAAUUCACGCUGUUGGAUAGGUCGAUAUUUCGUCCUGUUCGAUGAAAAUAGAUUUGUCGCUUUCCUGUUCUCGUACGAGAUUGUAUUUAAUGUUAUCUUAGCUCGAUGUUUUUUUGACAAAUUUAUGCCGAUAUUGUAGUUUAAUAUGUGUUAUAUUAGGGUGUUUCCCGAUAUAAUUUUGAAUUUCAAAUACGAAAGUAUGUCGAUAUAUGCCCCAUCAGGCGAAAAACAUUACGCAACGAUUUGCCAACGAAAAAUCGUUGCAGUAUAUAUAAUAUUUCAAGAUAUGAUGCAUGUAAAUUGUUCUUAGUUACUGCGGUUUAAGCAAGCUAUCCAUGUUCUAGAACUCAUUAUGAAUAUUCAACAAUGGUUGAUAUGCUUACGAUAUUCAUGCAAAACAAAAAUUGCCAGUUGAUUUCUUGAAAUUGCUUGUAGUAUUUCCAAGAAUUGUUUCGCAUUCUGUCAUGGAGCAGUACUUAAAAAAAUCAAGGUGUCUGACCCAUUUGUUGCCAUAACUGAAAUUCAUCCAAAUGGACCAUUUUACAUAUGGGAAUGUCAUUUAGCGGAUUAAAAAAACACAAGUAAAUAGUCCCAUUUACUUUUUGCCUAGUUCUGUUGCCAUGACAUGUAAAAUUGUCUUGUUUUAAGUAAAACGACAAAGUUGGACACAUUGGGGCAUGUUGCAUUUUAAUCGGCUAAUCAAAUGUGUUUUUCCCGGUUCGUAGAGUGUAAUAUAAAAUGUCAUCAAGAAAGAAGGUUUUAUUAAAAGUUAUUAUCCUUGGAGAUAGCGGGUAUGUUAUUAAUUUGGGUUUACCGACUACUGUUAUUGACUGAACUGGUGGCCGAUAAAAUGUUUGGGAAGGAUGUCAUCCAAAACGUCUAGGUUUCAUAUUUAUGUUAUGUUAAUUACAGUGUUGGCAAGACCUCGUUAAUGAACCAAUAUGUGAAUAAAAAGUUUAGCAACCAAUACAAAGCUACGAUCGGUGCAGAUUUUCUUACGAAGGAGGUUAUGGUUGACGACCGAUUAGUAACAAUGCAGGUAUGUAUCAUCGAUAAAUGGGCCGGUUUUAGGCAUGGUAGUAUUGCACCGUUUAAAUUUUUACAAAGGAAAUUUGGGAGUUGAAUUUUCUUAUCUAGUUCACACACUGAAAUGACAGGGUGAUGCAUGUGAUUCGGAAACAAUGUCCAUCUUCUCACAAUGACACAAUCCAAAUUUCGUCUAGAUCUGGGAUACGGCAGGUCAAGAACGAUUUCAAAGUUUGGGAGUUGCUUUUUACCGAGGGGCCGAUUGCUGCGUUCUUGUCUUUGACGUCACACAACCUGGUUCAUUUAAGACACUUGAUAGUUGGAGAGAUGAAUUCCUAAUCCAAGCCAGUCCAAGAGAUCCUGAAAAUUUUCCAUUUGUUGUUCUGGGAAACAAGGUUGAUUUGGAAAACAGAGCGGUAUGUUAUAUCAUGCAAAUUUUCUGGUCUUAACAAAACAUGAACAAAAGCACAAAUGUCAGUAUCAGAGACUACCCUUACUUGAAGAGACAUCUCUUACUGGGUCCGUAAGAAGAGCACUGUAGAACUGAUAGAGCCACCCAGUGUAAAUAUAGAUCAUUUUAGCUUACUGGCUUUGUCUAGUGUCUAAAGCCCAUUUUCCGCCAGGCUAAUUUGUUUGUGCGAACAGUAAAAAAGUAGGAACUUGUUCGCGCGAACAAAUUUGCCAUGUGAAGCAUUCCUCUUUUGACUUUCUAACUCAUUUGAAAUUUUCCUCAUUAGCUUUGCAAAUCCCUUGAGGGAAUUUGCAGUGUUCUUAUCGGCUGUUUCAAUAUUCCAAUGCAAAAAAACACUUUCAAAAAAUUAUCUAAAUUCUUUCAAAGAAUUUCCUAAAUUCCUGUUUUUAAUUCCUGACUUCCUGUUCUGUUCUGAGUGUUGUCAUUGGUUGAUUAUUUUUGUUGGCCAAUUGCAACGUGCAGAACAGAACAGGAAGUUAGGAACUUGUAACUGGAUGUUAAGAACUUCUAACAGGAAUGAGGAUUAAUCAUUGCAAGUUCCCUCAAGGAAUUUGCAAGGGAGUUUUUUUUUUUAAAUUGCAAAGGUAAUGAGGAAAAUUGCAAUCAAUUUAGAGACUUGAGAAACACUUGACAUAGUUAAGUUUAUCUAACACUACUGCUACAGUACAUAUUGUAAAUAGUCUCAUUAUUGUAAUUUGUGUUUUUCAGGUCUCUGCAAAGAGGGCACAAGGCUGGUGUCAGUCAAAGAACAACAUACCAUACUUUGAGACUAGUGCAAAAGAAGCCAUCAAUGUUGAACAAGCGUUCCAGACGAUUGCUAAGAAUGCGCUAGCACAGGAAACCGAGGUGGAAUUAUACAAUGACUUUCCUGAUCAAAUCAAAUUAGAUAACAAUACCAACAAACCAAAAGAUGGUUGCGCCUGCUAAGCAUCAGAACUUGAAUUAAAUGGUGUAUUAUCACAGAAAAUCUCAGGGAAAUUAUUUAUUCAAAUCCCUAUCCUUUAGAAUAAUACUGAUUCGUGGACAAAUUUCUCAUGGUGUGGUGUAAACACUAUGAUAAUAUUCAGAUUUUUUUAUACAACUGGUCUUAGUAAUUGACUGACUCUUAUACCGACACGUCUUGCACAAGCUUUUUCUAUUAUAAUCUAUAUUGUAAUUAUAGAGCAAAGAAAAAUGUUUCCUACUUUCUUGCAAUGUAUACAAGACAAUAUGUACAAGAAUAAGUGCAUGGAAAGGUUUUUCUUUACAAACUUUGAAUGCAAAAUUAAUAGUAGUUGACUUUAGAUUAAGUCUAUUUAGAAGUAGAAAAAUCUGUGAACAUUAAUUUCAGAAAUAAACACAUUUCGUCAAAGCUAUGUGCAGUUUGCAUUGUGGUGAUGUUCACAGGGCUCUUGUUUUAAAGAAACUUUUGCUGCAACUUGCAAAUCAAUUCUGACAUAGAGCCAUGUUAUAGCUUUGUAGCAGUGAUGUUUUCGUGGGGGAAUGCCGUCCCCCCCCCACCUUUUUUACCAGGGGAACAGCAUCCCCCUGCCAAAAUCAACAUGGGGGAAUGUCGUUCCCCCUGGUAGAGAUUGAAUGCGAGUGAAGCAUCCCACGUGGAAAUACUUCAGAACGUAAUUUUGUCACUAUUUUAAUCUCCCUCAAACUUGAUAUACUUGCAGAAAAUUAGCAGACCAGCACAAAAAUACUAACAAGCAUGUCUAUUUAUAGACUAAACCCCCGCUUGUUUAAUUUCAUGACCAUUGGCCACGCCCAAUCACGUGACCACACCCAUUUGAUUUUCAAUAGCGUCCCCCCACUUCUAAAAUUAGCAAAACAUCGCUGCUUUGUACUAUUCAGUCAUUUUUUGCAAUCAUUAACUUGUCCCGAGUUGUCCAUUAGACAUUGAUUUGACCACCCAAAUAUGAACAGGCUACUUGUUUGCAAACUAUGGCUUUGUCAUUUAUGCCUCUCUUCCGAGGAGCCUGUCAGUUGCUACCUACAGAGGUUUUUAAGGCGGUUUUCCACUAGGCGAAAUUUUUCGACCGAAUCGAAAUUUCUCUUUGUUUCAGAGCUCUCGAGCAGAACUAAUUGUAAAAAGACAAAGAGAAAUUUCGUUUCGGUCGAAAAAUUCCGCCUCGUGGAAUCCGGCCUUUAAGGUCCAUUUCCACUCAAGAAAAUUUUCUGCGGAAAGAAAAAUUUGAAAGAUGUGAUUGGCUGACACAAAUGUUCCGUCGGAAAAAAAAUUUGAAGUUGAAAAUGAUCAACUUUUGACAAUGAUAUUUUCGGAAAAUUUUCUGUCCGUGGAAAAUUUUCUGCGCCGUGGAAAAUUUUCUUGAGUGGUAAUGGGAGGCAGCAUGACAAUAUGGCGGCACAAGAACCUCUGGGACCAGGGUAUACGGCAAGACAUUUCCCUAGAGCACCUUGUUGAUCAAAAUAGGUCAGGACUAUCACUUCAUAUAAAACAGCCCUAGAUUAAGGAGAUAAACUACCUGAAAAAUAUUCGCAUUAACUUCAACGUUUUGAGCGAAGGGCCUUCGCUUGUAACGUUGAAGUUCUGCUUAUUUUUUUCAGCCAGUUGCAUCCCUCUCAGUGCGUAGCUGUCUUGUUAUUGUCGUUCGGAUAAAAUACCAUCACCUGCACACGUUCCAUACUUGAGAGGAAUCAAGCCCAGCCAUUUCAUUUCGUCUUUCAAGGACAGUCACCUGAUGGUCCAAUAAAGCUUGCAUACUUAAAGGUUCCCAUAACGUUUGUGAAAAAACCGGACUGGGCGUUUUACUCCCUUGCAAAAUAUCAACUGAUUUCGUCUGUUUUAAAUUCGAAUCUUCCUUGUCGUCUUUGUUUAAACGUUUUGCAAACUGGCCUCGGCAUGUUGCCCUCUUCUCUGUUAAGAAAACCAGUUUGGAACGGCUUUCAUGAGGUUGUGCCUCAAGAUGCUGUCCUUUGGAUUUUGUUUUUACUGAACGUGUGCUGCCCAUAGCUAGCGUGUUACUUGAUGUUAAAUUAUUGUGAAUAUCUGGAAGUUUAACCAAGGGAAGUUUUUCUUCG